GUGCGACUGACACAGUCUGCAUGACAGCAUUUAAGAGAAAGUAUGUCUCACAUGUGAAAGCUAUCAAUCUGGGCCAUUGCAGGGAUGUUUAACGGGCAUAUGUUUUUUUUCUUAACCAAUAUUUACUCCAUCUGUGUACAUGCCACUGGAACACCCAUCAAUUUCACUGCAGGAGAAAUGAUACUUCAAAGUCAUCAGCAAAAGUCCCUCGUGCCGCCAAAACAGCUCUGACCCGUCGAGGCAUGGACAUUGGCAUUUCAGCAAUGUGUGCUACAGUAGCUCUUCUGUGGGAUCAGACCAGACAGGCUAGCCUUCGCUCCCCAUGCGCAUCAGUGAGUCUUGGGCGCCCCUGACCCUGUCGCCGGUUCACCGGUUGUCCUUCCUUGGACCACUUUUGUUUCACUAUGAAUAUCAGCUGUUCAACUAAGGACGUGAACAAUUUGAUGAGGACAUUGGACUUGGUGAUCUAUGUGCCAAUCUUGGUGUUUGGCCUGCCACUAAACCUCAUGGCAUUGAUGGUGUUCUGUCAUCUGCUCAAAAAAUGGACAGAGUCCUCCAUUUACAUGACCAACCUGGCUUUGAUGGACCUGCUUUUGCUUUUGCCGCUACCCUUCAAAAUUCAUGCAGCAUUCCACAAGUGGGCACCCAACAAAAAGCUUUUCUGCUCUUUCUUAGAGAGUCUUUAUUUUGUGGGUAUGUAUGGUAGCAUCUUUACAAUUGCCUGCAUUGCUUUAGACCGAUUCAUUGCCAUAAAACACCCAUUCCGGGCAAAGCUGGUGCGUUCCAGAAAAACAGCCCUGAUUGUUUGUAUUUUUAUAUGGGUGUUUGUUAUGGGAGCAACCUCACCUGUCUACAGCUUUCGAGAGGAUAAAGAGGAUUAUUUCAAUUGUUUCCAUGAAUUCUCUGACGAAGGUUGGACUACUGCACUUAUUGUGUGCUUGGAGUUCUUGGGCUUCCUGCUGCCUGCUUCUGUACUAGUUGUGUGUUCCACUCAGAGCAUCCGUACUCUCAAGGCCUCAAAGAGCAGCAGUCCUAAGAGGCAGGCUGGGGUGAGAAUCAUCUAUAGCAGUCUAGCAGCCUUUCUAAUACCCUUCACCCCAUGUCACCUAGCCAUACUCCUGCAGUACCUGGUCCGUAAUCGCUUUAUUUCAGACUGCAAACAACAAGAGAACAUUGCGCUGUUUAUACAGUUAUCCAUGAACCUUGCAAACGUUACCACCUGCUUGGAUGCACUUUGCUACUACUUCAUCGCAAAGGAAGUCCGAUCCACCAAGAACACAGUGAGAAUGAGCAUCAAUAGAGCAAGGACCACCAGCACCUCAGACAUCUGAGAUGUAAAA